UGGGAUGCCGCGGGCGGCGUUGCUGGCCGGCUGCCUCUUGCUGCUUCUGGGGCUCGGCAGUCCCAAGAAGGCCAGGAACGACAAUGGAAGGAUCUGCCAGCUUCCAGUAAAUGAAGGAUUAUGCAAGGCUAAACUUCCUAGGUGGCAUUAUGACAAAAACACACAGACUUGCAAGAAGUUUUCUUAUGGUGGAUGUCAAGGGAAUGCCAAUAACUUCCGUACUAAAGAAGAGUGUGAGCAGAUUUGUCAGAUGAUCAACAAAAUACCCAAAGAAUGCCGACUGAAACCUAAUGAAGGAAAAUGUGGAACUCUAUAUAGAAGAUAUUUCUUUAACAUAAAUACAAUGACGUGCGAGAAAUUCUAUUAUGGAGGAUGUAAAGGAAAUGAAAAUCGAUUUCCCACUAAAUUUUCCUGUAUGGACCACUGCCUGCCUGAGAAAAGUCUUUGUACACCAGCGGGCUUUUGCCUGAAACAGAGAAGAGCAGCUCGGCUUGUAUGAUCCAUGAG